UUGAAGUGUCGAUGCGUCUUUUUGUGUUGUGUGCUUAAAACUGUUUUUGUCGUCGCAAGUCGAGAAAAGUCGGACAGGAAAAUAAAAAUCAAUCUCACAACCAAACAGAAUCAUUUCGGCAAUUGCACUAGACGCAACUUAAUCGAAAAAAAAUUGAUAAAGUGAUUUUAUUGAAUUUUAUUUGCAUUUGAACAUAAACGGACAACAAAUUUAAAGGAUUAUUUCAAAGUGAACAACUGACUAUAAACAACGAAACGAGUGCUAUUUUUUAUUGGUGAAAUUUUAAAUUGCACAUGCAAUUAAAUGUAAAAAAAUAUGAAAAGUUAAAGAAUCACAGCAAAAUUGUUUAAAAGAAAUUUAUUGAAAAAGAAAAAAAUAUUCGCAAUUUUUACAAAAAAUAAAUAAAUAAAAGAAUUGAAAAAACAAAAUGCCACGACCAUCACGUGAAUCGUAUGGUGAUCAAAAGCCACCAUAUUCAUAUAUUUCGCUGACAGCGAUGGCGAUUUGGAGUUCAUCGGAAAAAAUGUUACCGCUUAAUGAAAUCUAUCGUUUUAUCACCGAUCGUUUUCCAUACUAUCGCAAAAAUACACAACGAUGGCAAAACUCCUUGCGACACAAUCUCAGUUUCAAUGAUUGUUUUAUAAAAGUACCGCGUCGUCCGGAUCGACCGGGAAAAGGUGCAUAUUGGGCACUUCAUCCGCAAGCAUUCGAUAUGUUUGAAAAUGGUAGUCUAUUGCGACGAAGAAAGCGUUUUAAAUUGCAUAAAACGCAAAAGGACAUUUUAAACGAUGAAUUAGCUGCUUUGGCCAAUAUAAAUCGUUUCUUCUUUCAACCAUCAUCCGAUCAAAUGAUGCCAAUGGAUGAUCGUACAGACAUUACGCCCGACAUAAUAUCAGCUCAAACUUCACCAAGUAUUGCAUCACCAAAGCGACCAUUAACACCAGAAUCACCGCCAAUCAUCAUCUCAGACACCAUCACAACGACACAUUCGCCUGCCAAAACGCAUACGGCAAAGUCACGACCAAAACGUGCAUUUACAAUUGAAUCACUUAUAACACCCGAUAAAAAAGCGGAUAAAAUCCGUAAAACUAGUGGCAAUACAAAUCUAACAAAUACACAUGAAAUACGCUCACAUCAACAAAAUCAUCAUCAUCACACAUUGAGCCAACGCCAAAAUUCAAUUCGAACAGUCCCAACGAGAUUACCGCCAAUCAAUCAAGCAUUACCAUUACCAUCAUCGAUGCAUUCACCACAUUGUCAUCCACAUUUGCAGCAACAACAACAAAUACAUGCUCACCACUUAGAUUUGCCAAAGGAUAUUGCCAGAAAUGGAUCGGUCGGCGGUUUACCAUUUUUACCAUAUCCACCGCAUUCAAUGGGUUUCGAUUUAUCGCCGGCCGCCGUAUAUCCAUUGCUCAUGAUGAAUCAGGCUGCAUUGUCUGGACUCCAACCAUCCGCCGCAUAUUUCAACCAAAGCAUGAUGCAUCACACCCUUAGCUUACAUCAACAGCAUCAUUUAAAUCCAAACCAUCCGGAAUCACCGAUAUCCAAUCCACUGACGACUUUGCUAGAAAUGUGAUAUUAGAUUGUGUCGUAAACAAAUUUAUAUAUAUAGAUGUAUAAUUAUAGUACUAUUAUGAUAAAUUAACUAAAGAUACUUAAACGUUCGCUUCCAAAUGGAAUGCGAAGUGAUCCGAUAUAUGGCAAUUUUAUGAGGCACUUAAUUGAUAAAUAUGGAUUUUAUUAAAUAUUUCCCGCUUCAAUAUAAUUAUAUACUGACAAACUAAUUUUGUAUAGUCGAUAUGUGGUCCUCAAUUCUGUACUGUAAACACACAAAAAACUUGUUCCGAUGAAUUCUGACACAUGAUAACCCACCCAAUUUGUGUGUUUAAUUCAAUAGCUGCAUAUGUCGGAAGUUAAAUCAUUCGCUCUUUUUUCAUAGUGUCAAUUUUGUUUUUUGUUUUUUUUUUUUUUGAAAAAGAGAAAAAAAUUGUAAUUUUAUUAUUUAUUUAAUAUCAAUGGAAGAAGUGAGAAAACACACAUUCAGGAAUGCUAUUUUUAAAAUCGAUUAAGUUAGAUCUUCAAUAAUUAAAUAAAUGAAUUGAAAGAAAAAUGAAAAAUUCAAAAGGUAACAAAUCCCAGUGUUUAAGCAAACCAUGCUUUGUGAAUGUAAAUAGUUUGUAAAAUCGAUUGAAUUUUAUCUAUGCGACUAUUAAGAUGAUGAUGAAAACAAACGGCAAUAGUAAGGAAAAGCAGGACAAAAUUAUGUAAUACUAGCUUAGAUUGGUAUUUAGGAAGAAAAAAAACUGAAAUGAUGAUGUGUAAAUUGAAUAACAAUUGUGUCUAAUUUAGAAAAUUAAAACACUUGAAUGUUUUGAAAUAGAUUAUUUAAAUGUUUAAUCACUCUUUAAAUAAGCUCACUUAACGGUGAAAGAAGCAAAGCAAAACAAUAUGAGAUUAUUAUAACAAUAAUAAGAGUAGUGGUUUGUGAAUGAUAAUGCAUAAGUAGAGUCUAUUAUAUUCGAAUCAUUUAACGAAAUUUCAACAAAAAAAAAUCUAUACCAAUUGAGAAAAGAGAAAGAAA